AAGCUAUUAUUAAAACUACCGACGACGACUACAGCCGUUUUUUGAAGAAGGUACAUCAGAACCUCGCCCGGACUUUAGCGUGAAGAGAAGACGGAUCGAACUUCUAAGAAGGAAAAAACUGUGAUGCAUAUGAUGGAGGAGAUUAUACGGAAUUAUCAUGUAUCUCGAUUUUGUAUCAUAUACUUGAUCCUCAAACGAUUGGGUGGACACAAUAAAAGGAAGAGAGCUGAACUUGCACUACCUUACAGCAUCAACGACAAAAUUCCUAAACAAGUCAGCCACUUGAACAAAUUAAUUGGUGUUACUGACAUGGACUGUCUGGUCAAUCUUAGGAUGGACCGGAAUGCAUUUGGUAGACUAUGUGCGUUGUUCCGUCAGCUGGGUACUCUUCGUGACAAGCGGUUUGUGUAUGUUGAAGAACAAGUGGCCAUUUUUUUAGGCAUAUUAGCAUAUCACAAGAAGAUUCAUCUCAGUGGGUUUGAUUUUUUGCGGUCGAGCCAUACUAUUUCAUGCUAAUUCCAUGCGGUACUUCGAGCUAUCUUGAAAAUGCACACGUUGUUUAUCGUCAAACCUGAGGCAAUACCUGAUAAUUGUGUGGAUUGGAGGUGGAAACAUUUCAAGGGUUGUCUCGGUGCUCUCGAUGGUACUUUUAUAAAUGUUUUGUUUUCUAAUUCCGACAAACCACGUUAUAGGAAUAAGAAGGGUCAAAUUACAACGAAUACUCUAGCGGCGUGUGAUCGACACAUGCGGUUCACAUACGUACUACCUGGAUGGGAAGGAUCUGCCGGUGAUGCCCGAGUUCUUCAAAAUGAUGUCAGUCGCCCCUAUGGUCUAAGGGUCCCUAUAGGAAAUUACUAUCUCUGCGACAAUGGGUACGCAAAUAGCCAAGGUUUUCUAACUCCAUAUAAAGGUGUUCGAUACCAUCUGAAGGAAUGGGGGCCGAAUGCAGACACACCACAAAAUGCAGUCGAGUUGUACAACAUGCGUUAUACUAAGACGAGAAAUGUAACUGAACAGGCAUUCGCUGUAUUGAAGAUGAGAUUUGACAUACUAUGGAGUGCAUCAUUCUAUCCUAUCAAGGUACAAGUUCGUUUGAUAUCAGCUUGUUUUUUACUCCAUAACUACAUCAAGAGCGAGAUGGCUGUCGAUCCUCUAGACGAUCUCGCAGAUCACUGGGCUGAUGGUAUCGACACAAAUGUAGAUCCAUCUGAUGUCGACUUUGUUGAUUAUGUGGAGGCAACAACAGACUGGAACCUCUUUCGAGACCAACUAGCAAACACAAUGUGGUCUCAGCGUACUGGCGGCCCUCCAUGAAAUGCAUUACAUAAGGAGUUGUUGACUUUAGAAGAGCCAUCGCAAUAUUGAAGCCAAGUUGUUAGUUAACUAUGUUUGGGACUUCCAUAAAGUCUGCUAUGUAUUAGAAAAUCGACCUAUUUGUCAUUUCCUUUUCAUUUAACCACUACUUGUUUCGUUUGAUUUCAUGUUCCACAACUUUGCUUGUUUUAUAUUUGAUGAACUAUGGAAAUUAUGGAUUUGGUUUGAUCAUCAGGCAUCAUUUGAUAGAUCAUGUUAACACCAUGGACCCUCACAGUUUGAUCGAUAAAGUAUGUAAUAAAGUAAAACAUUGAAUUUGUAA